CCCAGGUGCAGGCCCAGAGAUGGGCGGGGCGGCCCUUAGUCACCGGCCGUCCAGCCGGCUGCCGCUGCUACCUGUGUUCGCUGUGGUCGUCCAUUCCGCGCUGCGCCCCGGUGCAGUGCGCAGAGGCGCGGAGGCGGCGGAGCCCGAGAGCGCGCGCUGCCCGUCGGCGCGUCCCCACACCGCGGGCCGCCAUGGCCUUCUCCCAGGUGCAGUGUCUGGAUGAUAACCACGUGAACUGGCGCUCCAGCGAGUCCAAGCCGGAGUUCUUCUACAGCGAGGAGCAGCGGCUGGCGCUGGAGGCGCUGGUGGCCCGCGGCCGCGACGCCUUCUACGAGGUGCUGAAGCGCGAGAACAUCCGCGACUUCCUCUCGGAGCUGGAGCUCGCGCGCAUCGUGGAGACCAUCGAGGUGUACGACCCCGGCUCCGAGGACCCGCGGGGCUCCGGCCGCCGCCAAGAGUCCCAGGACGACGGCGUGGGCGGCAGUGAGGAGGCCAGCGCGGUGGGCCGACCCCUGGCGGAGGCCGAGCCGCUGCCCUCGCUGGAGUACUGGCCCCAGAAGUCUGACCGCUCCAUCCCGCAGCUGGACCUGGGCUGGCCCGACACCAUCGCCUACCGCGGCGUGACCCGGGCCAGCGUCUACAUGCAGCCGCCCAUCGACGGGCAGCCGCAUAUCAAGGAAGUGGUGCGCAAGAUGAUCAGCCAGGCGCAGAAGGUGAUAGCUGUGGUCAUGGACAUGUUCACUGACGUGGACAUCUUUAAGGACCUGCUGGAUGCUGGCUUCAAGAGGAAGGUGGCUGUGUACAUCAUUGUGGAUGAGAGUAACGUCAAGUACUUCCUGCAUAUGUGUGAGCGGGCCUGCAUGCACCUGGGGCACCUCAAGAAUCUCAGGGUAUGCAGCAGUGGGGGAACUGAGUUCUUCACUCGGUCAGCCACCAAGUUCAAGGGUGCCCUGGCCCAGAAGUUCAUGUUCGUGGAUGGAGAUCGGGCUGUGUGCGGUUCCUACAGCUUCACAUGGUCAGCUGCAAGGACAGACCGAAAUGUGAUCUCCGUGCUGUCUGGUCAGGUGGUGGAGAUGUUCGACCGGCAGUUCCAGGAGCUAUACCUCAUGUCCCAGGGCGUCAGCCUCAAGGACAUUCCCAUGGAGAAGGAGCCGGAGCCGGAGCCCAUUGUGCUGCCCUCUGUGGUGCCCCUGGCUCCUACAGGCACUGUGGCCAAGAAGCUUGUCAAUCCCAAAUAUGCACUGGUCAAGGCCAAGAGUGUGGAUGAGAUUGCUAAGACAUCUUCUGAGAAGCAGGAAGGUGCAAGGCCCCCAGGGCUGCGGGGCCCUACACUAGCUGAGCGCCCAGGGGACCUCCCUGAGCUGCUGCCACCUGUCCACCCAGGGCUGCUGAACCUGGAGAGGGCCAACAUGUUUGAAUACUUGCCCACAUGGGUGGAACCGGACCCAGAGCCUGGCAGUGAUAUCUUGGGCUAUAUCAACAUCAUUGAUCCCAACAUCUGGAACCCUCAGCCCAAUCAGAUGAACCGCAUCAAAAUCCGUGACACAGCCCAUGCCAGCACCCAGCACCAGCUGUGGAAGCAGAGCCAGGGACCACGCCCCUCCCCAGAGCCCCAUCCUCCCCCAGCACCCAGGGACUCCCAGAAUGGGGUCCCAGCAGAGAAUGGCCUCUCCCAGGGGGACUUCAAGCCACAGCCCCCUGUGCCAAAGCCCCGGACAGUCCCUGUGGCAAACCUACUUGCCCAGGAUGGCAGUGAUACUGACUGGGCCCUGGGUACCCCAGAAAAGGAGGCACCGCCAAAUGGGACAGACCCCAGGCUAUCCAGGACAACAGGCCCAAACCAGGCCCCGCUCCAACAGCAGCUAUCUUUGACCGAGGACAACCCUGAUGGCCCAGGGGUAGGACUCCCCAAUGGGCUUGAUGGGGAGGAGGAGGAGGAAGAUGAUGAUGACUACGUGACCCUUAGUGACCAGGACAGCCUUUCAGGCAGCUCUGGCCCUGGCCACCGGCGACCCUCAGUGGCUUCAUCCGUAUCAGAUGAGUACUUUGAGGUGAAAGAGCGGUCAGCACCUCUCCAGAGACGCCACUCAGAGCAGAUGGCCAAUGGGCCAGGCCACUCACCCCACCUACAGCUGAGUGCCCCUCACAUAACCCGAGGAACCUUUGGUGGCCCCCUGUGGGCCCAGGGUCAGGGCAGAGAAGAGGCAGAUGCAUCAAGGAAACAGGCACAACGCCAUGUGAACAGGCAGGCUCAGGGCCAGCAGUUCUACCGUCACAGGGGCACCUCCUCCAGGACCACAGGGCCUCCCCAUUACCGCUCCGCUGCAGAUGGUGGCCAGAACUCUUCCAAGAAAGCAAGCCUGGCCACAGCAGGCCCCCAGCACUGGCAGCCCAAGGGCAGCCUGACACCCCGAAUGCUGCCUGAUCCUGCAAGCCCAAGGCCAGUUCGUAACACUCGCCUCCGAGCAGAGCUCAGGACCCCUGAGGAACAUCCGAGUCCUUUUGGAAUCCCAUACUCCAAACUGUCCCAGUCGAAGCACCUAAAGGCCAAGGCUAGUGGCAGCCAGUGGGCCCCUUCUGACUCUAAGCGCAGGGCCCGGGACCACAAGGAACCCUAGCAACCCAGCUGCACCCCAGCCCAGCCCUGGAUGGCAGCAGGUGGGGUGGGUGGGCGACAUUGGUGCUUACCUGGUCAGUGCACCAAUACCAGGUAGCCAUGAUGGUCAGGCCGAAGGUCAUCCCAGUCCAUGGGAGGUCCCCUGUGGAGGGGUCCCGGAACAUGUGCAUGGCAUCUGUUCGUGGCAAGUGGCAGGUGGUGUUGGGGAUGGUCCUGGAGGGGAUGGCCUGGGCAUAAGCAGCCUCCAGCUGCCCAUAACCGCCAAUCUGAUUGAAAGCUGGAGAGUUGGGAAGGAUUGGGAGAGGUUGGUGUUGGGUGGUCCUGACUCUGGCUCCCCCUGCCCUCAUCUUAUAGGUAACUUCUUCAUGUGUCAAACUAGAGUCCUUGCCUUGCCCAUUCUAGGAAGGGCUGAGGUUUGUUUGUUUGUUUGUUUUUUAAGGUGAAAUAGAAUAAUUAUUUUAUUUGUAUUUAAUAUGACUAUUAAAUGAGCAUUUUGCACAUGGGCACCUCCUCUUGGCAGGUAGGAGCCAUGGCUAGUCUCAAGGAACCUGCUGGCCUGGGGCUCUCUGCCUUUGGACUGGCACUUCAAGGAUGCAGAAGUGGUUCUCAGCAUUUAUGUCAUCUAGUAUUGAAGCUGUGACCUUCCGAAGGCCGUGGCUUCACUAGAGCUGACAGGCUCCUGGUGGUGUGGGCCCAUCCAUCUAAGACACAAGGAAGGGAGGCGAAGGCCCCUCCAGGACACAGGGUCAGCUGUGCGGGUUAGGGUUCAGGUACAGGGGUCUUUCCUUUGAGUUCAAAGCACGUCCUGUCUACCUCAGCAUUGGGUGGUGCAGGCCAAGCCCUGGCCUACCUGUGGUUUUGCUGUGUCUGUAGUUGGUGCCCUCCCAUACAGCCUGUGCAUGACUGUCUUACCUACAGUAGGUCCUACAAAUGGGCUGCUGCUCCAAAGAGGCACCACUGGGUAUAGCCUUAGAUACUGCCCAGUUCCCCUUUCCCAGCAGAAUACAGAGCUUGGAGCUGAGACCAAGGUCUGUUCCCACCAGGAAUCUUUGGAAGGGUACAUAAGGGUAACCUCUGUCAUAGGGUCUCAGACUCUGAGCCUAGGCUUCACCUUUAAUGAUGCCCACUCCAUCUCUCCUCCCUCCCUCCUCCUUUCCCUCCUGAGGCAGCAGUAUAACUUCCUUGUUUGUUUCUAGACUAAUGUUGCUCCAUCCAGCUCACCUCCCUCCCCACAGGCCUUUGUCUGGCAGGAGACAACAUCACCUCCCAGUGCUCUGUACAUGAUUUUAAGCACUGUAGGAAACACCCCAGCAGUUUUGUGGUCUCCUAAUUGUGUGUCUGCACAGCUGUCUGCAGCCACACCCCCGUAGCCCUAAGGGAGGGCAGUCCUGUGAGCUUGUGUCAUUGCUUCACCACUGCACACUUGUGGGCAGGAGAAGGCAGAGCUCAUCAUCCUUCAAGGGCCAGCAAGGGGGACAGGUGACCUGUGGUUUCACCUUAAGAGCUCUGCAGUUGUGUAGGGGUGCCACCCUUACCCAGCCCGAUCCCCUGAGUCCUCACCUUUGACUGCCAGAAUGACAGCACCCACCACCAUGAUGACCGUCUGCAGGGCAUCCGUGUGUAUCACAGUGGCCAGGCCCCCUGUCAGGAACAGGGGUGCUGGAGUAAGUGUCCCAUCCUUGAGGGAAGAGGAGUUCAGCAUGGCCAGAACUGCUGGUGGAGCUGCUGUUCUUGGAGAUGAAUGAGCUGUGUACCGAAGCAUCUAGGUGACUAGAGCUAGGCCCCCAAACUCCCAUCUGACCAGCUGUGAAUUGGCCACUCUCAGGGGCUCCCUGAGCUGUUGGAGGAGGUGGGCCCCUGGAUCCCUGUUCCUGGGGGUCUUAGGCACCAUACCUGCGAUGGUGUACAGGGCAGUGAUGGUGAGGGUGAGGAUGGUAGAUAGGUAGAAGUUCCAGCCCAGGCAGAUGUGUACAAACAGGGCUCCUGCAUAUAGGUCGAUCUGUGGAAGGCAGAAUUGUCAGGCAAAGUCAGACAUUACAGUGAGGCCUGGGGCUCAAGAGUCUGGGGGCUAUAUUUAUAGGCUUUGUGACCCAGGUUAGGGACUCUGGGCAAGAGUGCCCCAGGGGUGAGGUGUAGAGACCCGCAGCUGCUUAUCACUUGCCUGCAGCUGGGACUGUUGUGAGGGUGGGAGAAAGGACUGGCUGUGAACAGCUGUGUGUCAUCUUCAGAUGUAUGGGGGAUGUUACUGUUAAUAAAAUCCAAAGUGGUCAGUGCCCA